AUGGCUGCUGCUCAGAGGUAUAUUGCAGACAUUAACUGCUUGAUAAGCACCAAAAGCCAAUGCUUCAGAAUCAUAGUUCAUGUCAUGUCAAUCUGGAAGAUGUACAUGAAGGCAGAUCAGAAAGAAAUCAAGUCGCUUGAACUCAUAUUCAUUGAUGCUCAAGGUGGAAAGAUUCAGGCUACUAUCCCAAAAAGCUAUAUGGACACUUUUAUCGACUACAUCGAAGAAGGUUGUGUGCGCCAAAUAUCCUCUUUUGAUCAUGCUCUGAAUAUUGUUGGUGGUUACCGUUGUUCAAGACACGAAUACAAAAUCGUGUUUGAACCUAACACUAUGGUGGAGACUGUUUAUGAUUUGGAUAUUCCUAACCAUGUGAUUGAAUUCACUCCAUUCGCUAAGAUUUCCAAUUUCAUUACAAAUUUUGAUUUCUGUUUUGAUGUUAUUGGACACAUUAUUGGUGUUAGUGAGCCAAUCAUUGAUAGGGAGAAGAAGAGAAUAUCUUUGGAGAUGGAGGAUGAAAGGACUGACAGGUUGAAAAUCACCCUGUGGAAUGGAAAUGUUGAUGCCAUCCUAGCAAUGAUGGAUGAUGAUCCAGAAUUGCCAGUAGUGCUUAUUGUACAAUAUGUGAAGUGCAAGAAGUGGAAUUCAAGGGCUUCAGUCACCACUAAUAUGUACAAUGGAAGAAUAUUCCUAAAUGACAUGGCUGCAAUUUCAGACUACAAAAUGAGACAAAUGCUCAUUUAUUAUGUAACAAUGCAAGAAAUAGAUGCAGAAACCAGUAUUGAAUUUGGGCUCAAUAUGUCCCCUACAGAUGACAGUACUGCAAAGCCUUCCAUGAAGCAAGUGACUGAGUCGUGCAAGGAACAAGAUGUGCAAACCCUAGCUCCGCACCCCCCUGCGGAAACCCUACUUGCGCGUGCCCCUGCGAAAGCUGUGAUUGCGCAACAAGCUGAAUCAACGUCGGGGCUGUCUUCAAUGGAAAAGCUUGCUAUUCCAGUGGAUGUCCCUAAUGAAUGUACCUCCACCAUCAGGGGUCUCCAAUCGAUUUGUGGUUUUGGAGACGUUGACGAGUCUGAUGAAGAUGAUAAGGUUGAAAAUGUCUACAUUGAAGAUUUGACUGUUGAGCAGACUUCUUUGGAGCUUACUAUUCCAACAGUGGCUCCGCAACUCCUUGGAAAUGCUCAUGAGACUAUGCAGCAGCUGGAUAGAGGAGUUUCUUUGCAUACUGGAAGACAAUCGGAUGAUGGUGAGAUUGCAAAAUCUUCGGGAACUUUGGAGAUUGAUGAUUGCGAUUGCGACUUCUGUUCUGAUGGAGAUAAUGAAUGUGCGCAUGAUUCAAUGCAAGGGGAUAAGUCCGUGCCUAAAAAGCAUGGUCGCAAAUCCAAAGUUGAACGGGCAUUGUCGCAAGAAGGGUGA